AUGGACCCCUCAUCGCCAGCAAAGAGACGCGCCCUCGCGCCCCUGGACGCGAACGUGAACGCGAUAUCGUCGCCCACGAAGCUGCACAAACACUCCAAGCUGGGGGCCGCGCCUCAAUCACCGCGUAAGAGCAGCAGCAGCAGCCCCAUCAAGUCUCUCAAUCUCAAAAGGUCCUUCGCCGCUGCCGCCGUCGACAUCUUUGACGAAAACGCACUCGUUCCUAAGAAGAAGCAGUGCCAGGAGCCCGCCUCUGCUGCUGUUGGUUCUGAUGCUGCUGCUACUACUACUACUACCGCUGCACCCGUAGCUGUAGUUGCACCUGCAACUACACCUGCGCGAGAAGUUGCAUUGGCAUCUGAAGCUACUUCACCAGUCACUGCUAUUCCAUCCGCAUCCAGGGCCGCACAGACGGAGAUGGAGAUGGACGUUGAUCCCGAUGCCACGGAGACCCAGAGCGAACAAUCAGAAGAGCAGAACCAGCAAAGCGAACAACAACAACAACAACAACAACAACAACAACAGCCAGAACCCGAGGUGCAGGGCGAGAACGAACUGCUGCCAGAACAGCAGCAGGAUGAAUCGCGGCACGAGACACCGCGAACCCGCUCCGCGUCCCCCGACACGUCGGCCGUGUUCGACACCUCGGCCAUGGACACGUCCCAAAACACCACCAUCCUCACCGAGCCCGACGCAGAGCAGCAGGCUAGGACCCUGCCGCCGCCGAGGCCGAGGAGGUUAUUGACCCGCGAGGAGGCGCGACAGAAAGCUCGGAUCCUUCGAUUGAAACUCGGACUUGCGAAUUACAAGCUCCAGACGGGACAGGAGAACGUGCCGCUUGACAAAUUGGAGGUGAAGCCGCGACCGGGGCAGCAGCAGCAACAGCCGGAGACGAAGAUGCAAUCGCAGACGACGGAGAGGGCCCUGCCGACGGUCAUGGUGCAGCCGCCUUCAAGCCGUGAUGGUCCUCCUGAGAAGGACGCCGAGGAGGUCGUCGAGGAGACUGAGACGGACGAGCCCGAGCAAACGCAGGGGUCUGACGAGGCUGAAGUGGCGGCGACGCAGGCGCAAGAGAAGGAACCUCGGACCGUGGUCGGCGUGCUGCCGCGUCUGGAGACGGAUGCCCUCAAAGCUGGUGGGGGCGACGGCAACGAUGAGCCGACGAGUGCUGUUUCGGGUGGGAUCGUGAGCAGUCUUCUCAGUUUGGCGAGGGGAUCGUCUUCCUCAGUUUCUACUUCGUCAUGA